AUGUCCAAGUACGUAUUGGACUGGCCCACCUUGAGUGUGCUGUGGGGUCCAAUCGAUAUGCUCGAGAGAACAUCAUCGGCAGGCUGCACGUGGGCCUUCGCCUCCAUGGCGUUGGCGGUGUUGGCGAUCCACGUGGUUGUCUUUGCUCUCCACUCGUCCAUGGACAUGGGUGUGUACCACCAGACGGCGCCGUACCACCACGACGGCUUGUGGCCAUUGCGCACGGCCCAGUGUCGCCAGCGCCGUGCCUCCUCGCGCCAGGGGUCGUACGGAAGCAGCAUGCGGGCGUACUCGAGCCCCGACAGAAGCACAAAGAUCGAGCCUAGGAGAAACCGGGCGGCGCCGGCCACACGGGCACGCCAGACCACCUCGCCGAUGCGCACCGGGCGCCGCGCCAUCAAGCCAAUGCCGAAAAGGAGCUGUGCUGUGGUCAAGGCGGCUAAUGCUGGCGUGUUAUCGGACGCCGGCACCAACGGCGUUAGAAGACGAAGCCCGACGCUAGGGUUGCGCGGGAAAAGAGCAAACGGGCGUGGUUCUGACGCUGCCGCCGUCGGGCUGGACUGGCUAGCGCCCGCAGACGAAGACGAAGACGUGGGCGCCAGAAGAAAGUUGGAGAAUCCGCGCAAGACCAUGGACAAUGCAGAAGGGGGGAAGCGGAUGAAUGGAUGCUGGAUGAACGGAUGCUGGAGGUACGGAUGUCGUCGUUUCGGUUGUAGUGGUUCCAGUCGGUGGUGGGGCGGCCACGGCAGAUGCGUAGAAAUGUGGAUUAGAAAGUGGAGUAUGCUAAGUGGUGAGAAGUAG